CUCAUAGUUUAUAGUUGAACUACCAGCGAAGCGACAAACAGCUGUUCGUUCUGUAACAUCGCGUACAAAGGUGAUUAUAAACACCUACAAAGCAAAUUUCUUGUUUUAAAUUAUUUAUUUGAAUUUAUAACUGUACAUCACUACAUAAAAUAAUAGUGAUAAUUCGACGUGAUAAUUAUGAGCGUAAACGUGAGUAUAUAUAAAUAGUGCAGGGAGAACAGAGAUAUAGUCUCCGCUACAGCUUGAUGAGUGAUGAUGGUACGAUAUCCGUUGUGAAUGUAUGUACACCAAAUACAGUUGCUGUAAAUACUCUGCAGGAUGAGCCAAUGGACUUUGAAACAAAGAAGUUAGCCAUGGAGAAACAACUGAUUGAUGAAGUUUUUCGACGUCCUAGCUUGUGGAAUUUCAAACUACCUUUGGUUGAACGCAGCCCACAAGUGAAGAAAAAGCUCUGGGAAGAAGUAUUUGAAGCUAUGGGCGGAACAUUUUCCAUUGAUACGUUGAAAAGAAAAUGGAAGUCAUUGUCGGAUUCUUUUCGAAUUCAUUCUAAAAAGGAGCAAGCGAUAAAUGGAUCUGCCGCAACUGCAACAAGUAGAAAAAAAUCAUGGGUACAUUUAGAACGUAUGAAGUUUUUGCGUGAUUUGCAACUACAGAGCAAAAUUAUUAACAAUAUCGAGUUAGAAUUACAAGAUUCCCGAGAUUCAAAUUCCUUUGAGGAGGCCAGCUCGCUUUGUGAUAACAGUAACAGCAGUAUUAUUAGUUGUGAAUUCAAAAAGCGUCGUAUGGCCGAAGACAACCUCUUGAAUAAGAUUACCGAUUCCCUAAAUCAUCCAGUGUCCCUUAAUUUGGGCCAAAUAAAUAGACUUGUAUCUUGUCCUUUAAAUGAUAAACCAGCAUUAUUUUCCAAUUUGAUAGCUAUCCAACUUCGUGAGAUGGACCCAGAAUUGCAGGACGAAGUGAUGUUGGAAAUUUUUAAAAUAACAACCAAUGCAAAGAAAAAAAAGACAUAAGAGACAUUUCGUUGUAAGAUAGAAGGAAAUAUUCUUAAUUCUCUUAUGCCAUUCUUUUCUACUCUUCUAUCUGUUAAUUACAAACAUUUUUGAAUAAUGAAAUUAAAAUUAUAUUUUUAUUAGAAA